AUGGGAGCAUGGGUGCAGGGGCAUGGGAGCAUGGGUGCGGGGAAGCAUGGGAUCAGGGGUGCAGUGGAUCAUGGGAGCAUGGUUGCAAGGGAGCAUGGGAGCAUGGGUGCAGGGGAGCAUGGGAGCAUGGGUGCAGGAGAGCAAGGGAGCAUGGGUGCAGGAGAGCAUGGGAGCAUGGGUGCAGGGGAGCAUGGCAUGGGAGCAUGGGUGCUGGGGAGCAUGGGAGCAUGGGUGCAGGGGCAUGGGAGCAUGGGUGCGGGGAAGCAUGGGAUCAGGGGUGCAGUGGAUCAUGGGAGCAUGGUUGCAAGGGAGCAUGGGAGCAUGGGUGCAGGGGAGCAUGGGAGCAUGGGAGCGGGGGAGCAUGGGAGCAUGGGAGCGGGGGAGCAUGGGAGCAUGGGUGCAGGAGAGUAUGGGAGCAUGGGUGCAUGGGAGCAGGGGAGCAUGGGAGCAUGGGUGCAGGGGAGCAUGGGAGCAUGGGUGCAGGGGAGUAUGGGAGCAUGGGUGCCGGUGAGCAUGGGUGCAUGGGUGCAGGGGAGCAUGAGAGCAUGGGUGCAGGGGAGCAUGGGAGCAUGGGUGCAGGGGAGCAUGGGAGCAUGGGUGCAGGAGAGCAAGGGAGCAUGGGUGCGGGGGAGCAUGGGAGCAUGGGUGCAGGGGAGCAUGGGAGCAUGGGUGCAGGGGCAUGGGAGCAUGGGUGCAGGGGAGUAUGGGAGCAUGGGUGCAGGGGAGCAUGGCAUGGGAGCAUGGGUGCCGGGGAGCAUGGGAGCGUGGGUGCAGGGGAGUGUGGGAGCAUGGGUGCGGGGGAGCAUGGGAGCAUGGGUGCAGGAGAGCAUGGGUGCAUGGGAGCAGGGGAGCAUGGGAGCAUGGGUGCAGGGGAGCAUGAGAGCAUGGGUGAAGGGGAGCAUGGGAGCAUGGGUACAGGAGAGCAUGGGAGCAUGGGUGCAGGAGAGCAUGGGUGCAUGGGAGCAGGGGAGCAUGGGAGCAUGGGUGCCAGGGAGCAUGGGUGCAUGGGUGCAGGAGAGCAUGGGAGCAUGGGAGCAGGGGAGCAGGGGAGCAUGGGGACCGGAGAGCAUGGAUGCAUCGGUGCAUGGGAGCAUGAGGGCAUGGGUGUAG